GGGCGGAGAAGACCUGGUUGAGCGCGAGGGAGGGAGAAAGCGAGAGAGAGAGAGGGGGAGAGAGAGAGAGAGGUCGGGAGUGAACGCGAGGAGGGGAAAACGACGGCCGUCAGGGUCGGACGAUACGCAGAUUAACGAAGACACAUCAGCUCGCCGAACCGUCGACUCCGCGGCGGGCGGGCGAGCGAGCGAGCGAGCACACGGGGACGCGCCUCCGGGGUGAACGGGCUCCAGCUGACCCCCUAAUGAGGACAAGAUAGAAAAUGGAUGAAUGGAAUUGGAAUUUUGCAAAGGCGUCAGAUCAGGAGAGGGGAAGGACUGAGUGACUGACUGAUAGUCGGACAGUUUAAGGAGCAGUUUGAAUGACGAUACACCUGCUGCAUCUAAGGAACCUAGAUUUUCCUCCAUUUUUAUUUUUAACUUUCUAAAAUCGCUUUCGUCAUGCCAUCCAACAGUCCUGCAGUCACCGAACUGCCCCAGACACCAGAAAACAAAACUUCUAACAAUGUGAGUGAAGAUGGAGCAGACUUGGACAGUCCAGAGGAGGCGACUGCAGGGACCCCUCCAAACAAGCGGCGGGUGGGCCGUCCAAGCAGGAAACGCAAACAGUUUCUUCCUGAGAUGGCAACGUCUGACCCCUCAACUCCGCCGGGGGAGCUGGAGCACUCCCCUUCCCCUCGCAAGAAACGUGGGCGUCGGAAACUAGAGCAGAACGACAGGAAUAAGGAUGAAUCAGAUGACAGAAGCUGUGACUCCCCUAGAGAGGGUGAGACAGGGAGGUUGCGUAGGAAGCCGGUCCCCAGAGUGACUUUCCAAGCUGGAGAUCCGUACUACAUCAGCAGGAGACAGAAAGAAGAAUGGCUCAGCCGCUGGAAGAUGGAGGCAGAGAGACGGGCUUACAGGGAAGCUGAGAUCUGCAUGAUGGAUGACCUCACAUCAGAAGGUGACUUUCCUAAAGAGGAUGAACCAGCCAGUCCGGACCCUCUGCCAUCCCAGCAACAAACAGAUCCCGCCUCGCCAACUGUUGCCGUAACACCGGAACCAGUCGCCAGAGGAGACCAGGCGACGCCCAGAGAGAUCGAGUACCAGGAUGGCAGGAGCUUUGGCAUCGGCACGCUAGUGUUCGGAAAGCUGCGAGGUUUCUCCUGGUGGCCUGGCAGGAUUGUUUCUUGGUUGAUGAGCGGCCGUAGUCGAGCCGCUGAUGGGACACGCUGGGUCAUGUGGUUUGGAGAUGGCAAAUUCUCUGUGGUGUGUGUGGAGAAGCUCAUGCUGCUGAGUUCUUUCUCAUCUGCCUUUCACCAGCCCACCUACAACAAACAGCCCAUGUACCGUAAAGCCAUCUUUGAGGCUCUACAGGUGGCAAGUGUGCGAGCAGGACGACCCACUCCUUCCUGUGACCCAACUGAUGAUGUAGAUGGUGUGGAACCUCAGACCAGACAGAUGAUUGAAUGGGCCAUGACUGGCUUCCCACCCAAUGGCCCACAAUCACUGGACCCUCCUGAGGAAGAGCAGAAUCCAUAUAAAGAAGUCUACUCUGAGAUGUGGGCGGAACCAGAGGCCGCAUAUACUCCUCCCCCUGCCAAGAAACCUCGCAAAAACGCAGCGGAAAAAGCCAAGAUUAGAGAGGUGAUCGACGAAGGAACCAGAGAGCGACUCAUACAGGAGAUUAAAAAGAAAACCCGGAACAUUGAAGAUAUUUGUAUCUCCUGUGGAAGCCUCAGAGUCUCUCUGGAGCAUCCUCUCUUCAUGGGAGCAAUGUGCGUGGGUUGCAAAAAUUCCUUUUUAGAGUGUGCCUACCAGUAUGACGAUGAUGGUUACCAGUCCUACUGCACCAUCUGCUGCGGAGGCAGGGAGGUGCUCAUGUGUGGCAACAACAACUGCUGUAGGUGUUUCUGCGUGGAGUGUGUGGAUCUGUUGGUAGGAAUUGGCUCAGCAGCGGCAGCCAUCAAGGAAGACCCUUGGAACUGUUACAUGUGCGGGCCCCGAAACACUCACGGGUUACUGCGGCGACGGGAUGACUGGCCUUGCCGACUACAGCAUUUUUUCGCCAACAAUCACGAACAGGACUUUGAGCCAGCCAAGUUGUAUGCUCCAGUUGCAGCAGAGAAGAGGCAGCCAAUCAGAGUCUUAUCACUGUUUGAUGGCAUCGCCACAGGUCUUUUGGUGCUAAAGGAUCUGGGCAUCCAGGUUGAUAAAUACGUGGCGUCCGAGGUUUGUGAGGACUCCAUCACUGUCGGCAUGGUGAGACACCAGGGACGCAUCAUGUAUGUGGGCGAUGUACGCAACGUAACCCAUAAACAUAUCGAAGAGUGGGGACCAUUCGAUCUGGUGAUAGGAGGAAGUCCCUGCAAUGACCUCUCCAUAGUAAACCCUGCACGGAAGGGCCUUUAUGAGGGAACUGGGCGAUUAUUUUUCGAGUUUUACCGUCUGUUGCAUGAGGCUCGGCCAAAAGAGGGCGAUGAUCGGCCUUUCUUCUGGCUCUUUGAGAAUGUGGUUGCCAUGGGAGUCAGUGACAAACGGGACAUUUCUCGCUUUUUAGAGUGCAACCCUGUGAUGAUCGAUGCCAAGGAAGUCUCUGCUGCCCACCGUGCUCGAUAUUUCUGGGGAAACCUGCCCGGCAUGUCAAGUAGCCUCUCGAAAAUUCCUUCAACAAACAGACCACUGAGCCCCAUGACGAACGACAAGCUGGACCUACAAGAGUGUCUUGAGCAUGGUCGUACUGCCAAGUUUGAGAAGUUGCGUACGAUAACAACUCGCUCCAACUCUGUGAAGCAGGGGAAAGAUGAGCAUUUCCCUGUCUACAUGGACAACAAGGAGGACAUCCUCUGGUGCACUGAGAUGGAAAGGGUGUUUGGUUUCCCCGUCCACUACACCGACGUGUCCAACAUGAGUCGUCUGGCCAGGCAAAGGCUGCUGGGACGUUCGUGGAGUGUUCCCGUCAUCAGGCACCUCUUUGCCCCUCUAAAGGAGUACUUCGCCUGCAACUAGUCAUACAAUUACUCUCUCUGUUUCUCUCGGGCAUGCACUCUCUCUCAUGCUCUCUCUCUCUCUCUCUCUCUCUCUCUCUCUCUCUCUCUCUCUCUCUCUCAUGCACACACACACACACACACACACUUGUGACAACAGAUAACUGUACAUAGUACACAGCUUGUACAUGAAGGUUGGCUGACACAGAUUAAACAGAUGACCAGACAGACAUACAUUUACACCACACCCACUGCUAAGGACCUCGUCCGUGAUCUCAUAUAACAUCCUGGCUAAUCUUGGUCCCCAGGUGCUAUCUUGCACACUUCCGAGUGCAGUUUCUGUACUGUAAAUCACACUCAGACUUUCUUCCGCCUGACCUUAAACUGAUGUCUUCUGCUUUCCUGCAUUAGUUCCAGUCUCAACGAGGCACCAACACACAACAUCUCAAUAUAUCACCAAAACGUAUUAUCGCGUUGUGGAGGUGCUGUCGUUGCAUUACUAAUGCAAUGAAUAUAAAUAUCCAAACACACAUCCACAACACACCAGCUAAAACCCGCGGUGCUGGCCGGCCAGUCGUUAAAGGUCAAAUGGUGCCACUUUCAUGUGACAUUUUUACUGUUCUUGGUGCUCUUUGAGACGUUGUGGUCUCGGUUUGUUUUCAGUUGCUGCAAUUUGGGCAGAUUUAAGCCAAAUACUUCCAAUCAGGCACAGAGGUUAAACCAGCGUGUACUUGAGGGCUGUGG